AGUUGAGGCAAUGGGUUGUUCUUGGAUUUAUUGGUUGCUUGCAUUUGCAAUUUUUAACACAGUUGAACUAGAAGCAAGGGCUUUCGAAAGAAUGAUACUUCCAGAAAUAAAAAUAAAGAAUAGAGUAGCUAAGUGCGUGUUGAGCAUUAUUAAUGCAGUUGAACAGAGGUUUACAAAAAAUAUCGAAAUCAGCAUCGAGGCAAAUUCUCGUCAAAUUCAAAAGGAGUUUUUAAAUACGGCCAUUGAGAUUAUAGCAAGUAAUAAUAGCUCUAAUCGGACUUAUGAGAUUGCAUCAAAUAAAAGUGAUAGUUAUAAAACAUAUUUUCGAAUGUACUUUAUGGAAUCAUUAAAAUCACUUAACAAUUCACUGAAAAAACUACAUCACGAUUCUUCGCCAAAAGAUUAUUUUUACUUGCUUAUAAUUUUACCCAAAGACAUUCCAGACAUUUGGCUAGUUUUGAAAGCAAUGUUUGAUGUGUUUUGGAAUAUAUCAGUUAUAAAUGUUAAUGCCUUAACUGAAAGCCGAAAUGGAACUAUCACUCUUUACACUUAUUUUCCAUUCAAAGAACAGCGUUGCAAGGACAGCUCACCUGAAGUCAUAAAUCGUUAUAUCAAUGGCACUUUUGAAUUCAAGACUCCGAAUUUUCCCGAAAAAGUUAGUAACUUUUGGAAUUGUCCAAUAAAUGUUGUAACCUAUCCCUGCCCUCCUUAUACUUUCAUCGAAGAGGAUCAGAUAAAGGGCUAUGAUGGAUUGGUUUUAGAACAACUUGCAAACUUAUUGAACUUUUCUGUCAAAGUCAUACUCAUUGAACCUGGCGAUAUUUUUGAAAAUAAAACAUUUACCGGUGCAUUUCAAAUGUUAAAUGAAGGCGUUGCAGAUCUGAUGAUUGGAGACAUUAUUUGCACGAGAAAGAGAUCGCAAUUCUUUGCGGCAACCCAAUAUAACACGUAUUAUAAAAACCUCAUCUUUCGAACAGAUUUAGCUGAUUCCAGUUCCUUAAAGACGCUACUCCUACCCUUCGACUCGUAUACGUGGUUCAUCAUCGUAGGCCUCACAGUUUACAAAUGCUUUGUCCGGCCUGUUUGGAACAAAGUGUCCAAACGCGUCGAACAUCAAAAGGGAACUUACUACUGGUGCAUCAUUGGGCCAUACAUUCUCAGUUUCCUUAUAAUACGAAGUUUAUAUGAGGGUUCAGUUUUCAAAAUGUUACACAACAGGCCCGUUGGAUCUCGUCCUAAUAGUUUAGAAGAAGCAAUUCAACAAGGAUAUGAGUUCAUGGUCACUCCAGAUAGCUACUACAUUCACAGCAUCAUACCAGAACUUAAGAAUCAUAUUGUUGUUGUUAACACGACAGAUCUGACGGAAACUUUUUUCGAAACCGAUGGAAAAUAUGUAUUUAUGGCCACGAAAACACACAUGGCUUUUUAUAGUAAGGGAAGAAUUUUCUUCAUGGCUCGAAAACCUCUAAUGACCACAAAAACGUGCAUGUAUAUGCCAAAGCUGUCUUACAUGUCAAGAAUAUUAAAUAAGCAAAUUGAGAACUUGCGAGCACAUGGGCAUAUGGAAAAAAUUAGUAUUAUAUUUUCCGAUAUAAAAAUGGCAGCCAAAAACAUCAAGUCUCAGUCGUAUUUUUCCAUCAAACAAUUACUGGGAGCCUUUCAAAUGUAUUGUAUAUUAAUUUCAGUGAGUUUAAUGAUAUUUAUUUUAGAAAUUCUAUCAAAAAGAUAUAGACGUUUAGAAACAGUUAUGGAAGUAUUUGAGAAAAGUAUGACAAUUUAAUUUAAUAAUAUUGAAAC